AAUGAACCAACCGAAUUAAAUAAGUUGACGCAAAACUUGCCAAGUAAAGCCAACACCAAACAGUUCUUCUUCUUAAAGAGAUCGAGUGACGCAUUCAAUAUAACACACUACUUACAGUUACAACACAAUCAUAAACAUUAUGAUGAUGACUGGAAGCCAUUGUUAUUGCUUUUUUGGUAUCAUUUCCAUCUUUUUCUCCCUCAUUAUCCACACUCUUUCUUCUACUACACCCCACUCUUGCCUCCACCACCAGAGAGAGGCUCUUUUGGAAUUCAGAGAUGAGUUUCCGAUUGAUGAGUUUGACCCUAAUCCGUGGAAUAAGAGCAGUACUGAUUGCUGUUUAUGGAAGGGCAUCACGUGCGAUGAUAGAUCUGGUCAGGUGAUAUCACUCAACCUUGUUGGAACCUUUCUAAACGGCUCUUUCAAAACUAACAGCAGCCUUUUCAGACUCCAAUAUCUUCGUCACCUAAACCUUAGUUACUGUGACAUCCAAGGGGAGAUUCCUUCUUCACUAGGAAACCUUUCUCGUCUCACAGUAAUUGACCUUUCUCAUAAUAAUUUGGUAGGUGAGAUUCCAGUUUCAAUAGGCAAUCUAAAGCGGCUAAGACAUGUUGAACUUGGGGCUAACACUCUCAUAGGAGCAAUCCCAAGUUCGUUAGGCAAACUAAACCAGCUUAGAUACCUUAGCCUUGCGGCAAAUGAGCUCACAGGAGAGAUUCCUUCUUCACUAGGAAACCUUUCUAGCCUCUUAGAACUUAGGCUUUCGAUUAACCAUUUGGUAGGUCAAGUUCCAGAUUCCAUAGGAAAACUUAACGACCUAAGAGUCAUUUCACUUGGUCAAAACACUUUAAAUGGUGCCAUUCCUAUUUCAUUCGCCAAUUUAACUAAGCUUUAUCAUAUUAGUCUCCGCUCUAAUAACUUCACAUCCACGCUUCCAUCUGACAUGAGUGUAUACCAUGAUUUGGAACAUUUUGAUGUUGCUGCAAACUCAUUUCUUGGGUCUUUCCCUAAAUCCUUGUUUACAAUUCCCUCGUUACAAGUUGUUUAUUUGGAUGAUAACCAAUUCAUAGGACCUAUAGAGUUUGUGAAUACAUCUUCUUCUUCAUCUCCUAAGCUAGAAAUUCUAUCCCUUGCUAGUAACAUAUUCAUAGGCGUAGUCCCAGAAUCCAUAUCUAAAUUUCUCAACCUUGGAGAGAUAAAUCUUUUCGGAAACAAUUUCAGUGGACAUAUCCCUAGAUCUAUAUCAAAGUUAGUCAAUCUCCAAACUCUUAAUCUUGCCAGCAACAACUUGGAAGGCCAAGUACCCGCUUGCUUAUGGAGAUUGACAACGGUGACACUUUCUAACAACUUUUUCAGCAGCUUUGAAAACCCUUCACAAGAAACACUGAUCCAAGCGUUGGAUCUGAAUUCAAACUCAUUUCAAGGACCAUUCCCUCAUUGGAUUUGCAAUACUAAAGGGUUAAGCUUCUUAGAUUUGUCCAACAAUCUCUUCAACGGCUCCAUUCCUCUAUGCUUGGAGGAUUCCAUUGCUUCCUUUAGUGACCUGAUUCUCCGCAAUAACAGCUUCAGCGGAACACUUCCAGAUAUCUUUGCCAAUGCUAUCGAGUUACGUUCACUAGACGUCAGCCGCAACCAGCUCGAGGGAAACCUUCCAAAGUCUUUGAUCAACUGCAAAGCUUUGCAACUUGUGAACAUGGAAAGCAACAGAAUCAAGGACGUGUUUCCAUCAUGGUUGGGGUCUCUGCCGUCAUUACAUGUUCUCAUCCUCAGAUCAAAUGAAUUCCAUGGGACGUUGCAUCAUCAUGACCAUGUGUUCGUUGGGUUUCAGAGUCUAAGAAUCAUCGAUAUUUCACACAAUGACUUCACCGGAACCCUCCCUCCUUACUGUUUUUCCAGCUGGCGUGGAAUGACCAUAUUGAGGGAAGAAGAUGAUCCAUACAUGGCAGAUAUCAUCAACGAAUCAGUCUUUUAUCGUAACUCGAUGGUAAUGGUGAGCAAAGGAGUGGAGCUGAGCUUUGAGCGGAUCCAACAAGACUUCAGAGCCAUUGAUAUCUCUGGAAACAAAAUCUAUGGCAAAAUCCCUGAAUCUUUGUCUUUCUUGAAAGAACUGCAUCUUCUCAACUUGUCAGGUAAUGCCUUCACAAGCCAUAUCCCACGAUCAUUGGCAAAUCUGACAAAGCUGGAGACACUAGACCUAUCGCGUAAUAAGCUGUCAGGUCAAAUCCCUCAAGAUCUUGGUGAACUCUCCUCUCUGUCAUACAUGAACUUCUCAAGUAACCUUCUCAAAGGUCCAGUGCCACGAGGCACACAGUUUCAAAGACAAAACUGUUCUUCCUUCUCGGAUAACGAUAGACUCUUCGGCCUCGAAGAAAUCUGUGGAAAAAUCCAAGUCUCACCUCCUACAUCACAGCAACCUGAGAAACUGUCAGAGCCGGAGGAAGAAUUGUUCAGCUGGGUAGCAGCUGCAAUAGCCUAUGGACCUGGUGUGUUUUGUGGAUUGGUGAUCGGACAUAUCUUCACUUCAUACUAUCAUAAAAUUUGGUCCAAGAAAAACACCAUAAGUUGUCGUUAAUCUCAUAUGCUGCAGUUGCUUUUAGCAUUUGUAAAUGGUAUGUUGUCCAACGUCUUCUUCUUCGUGUUUAUACUGAAUUUAAAAGAUUUAUAAACUUUAUAUUUAUGAAGUA